CACCUGAAUACUGGUGUUCAAUAGCCUACUUUGAGCUGGACCAACAGGUCGGAGAGACCUUCAAAGUAUCCUCUACAUAUAGCAGUGUCAUCGUUGAUGGUUAUGUGGAUCCCUCUGGUGGAAAUCGCUACUGUUUGGGGGCUCUUUCAAAUGUACAUAGGACGGAACAGAGCGAGAGGGCACGGUUGCACAUUGGAAAAGGGGUUCAGCUUGACCUCAGAGGUGAAGGUGAUGUGUGGUUGAGGUGCUUGAGUGAUCACAGUGUUUUUGUUCAAAGCUACUACCUUGACAGAGAAGCUGGACGAGCCCCGGGAGAUGCUGUGCACAAAAUAUACCCAAGUGCCUACAUUAAGGUGUUUGAUUUGCGGCAGUGUCACCGACAGAUGCAGCAACAGGCGGCUACGGCCCAAGCGGCGGCCGCGGCACAGGCGGCAGCAGUGGCGGGGCACAUCCCUGGUCCGGCAGCGGUAGGAGGCAUUGCCCCAGCCAUCAGUCCUAUGUUGGGAUUAUCAGCAGCUGCCAGUAUUGGGGUUGAUGACCUGCGUCGUCUUUGUAUAUUAAGAUUGAGUUUUGUGAAAGGUUGGGGUCCAGAUUAUCCACGUCAAAGUAUCAAAGAAACACCUUGUUGGAUUGAAAUCCACCUCCAUAGAGCACUGCAGCUUCUUGAUGAGGUUCUUCACACGAUGCCUAUUCACGAUCCUCGUCCUCACGACUGAAAAUGUUUCAUUUUAAUUGAUGCAGACUUUGAUUUGGCCUCAGAGGAACUGAUAUGCAUUUGCUUGGAGAGAAUAAUAAAGAGAAAAAAUUUUGAAUUACUGAUAACAUUGUGUCAAUCUUUAUUUGUAUAGUGCUUUUCUAUAUAUUUUAUUUUUAUUAUAAUACAUAGUUUCACUGCUUUAGAACUUUGUAAUAUCAUUAUUCUGACUGUUGUACUUUCUCGAUGCACUGGGCAAAGAAUGUUGAAUCAGUUGUGAAGCUAGUUUGAAAAACAGAAUAGUGGUUACCAUAGUAUCUUGUCUGUUGAAGUGGAGAACAGUUAGAAGUAGGCUUAAAUGAAAUAUGAAAUUAAAACUAGUCCAAAUAAAAUCGAUUAGAAACUGUAGUUAACAUAAGUUUAAAACAAAUUCUUGAAGAAGGUAAGUGGCAAUAUCUAAAACCUUUUUUUUUUUUACCUGCGUAAUGUUCUUUAUAUAUAUAAAUAUAUCUUUUUCUUCCCAGUCUCAUUCUCAUGUUUUAGUGUUAAACCUACUUCAAGUUCACAUACAGCUUGUUACUAUAAGUACACUUAUUUCUUUCUUGCUUCCUAGUCUCAUUGUCAUGUUUUACUGUUAAGCCUAUUUCAAGUUCACAUACAGCUUGUUACUGUAAGUACACUUAUUUCUUUCUUGCUUCCCAGUUUCAUUGUCAUGUUUUACUGUUAAGCCUAUUUCAAGUUCACAAACAGCUAGUUACUGUAAGUACACUUAUUUCUUUCUUGCUUCCCAGUCUCAUUGUCAUGCUUUACUGUUAAGCCUACUUCAAGUUCACAUACAGCUUGUUACUGUAAGUACACUUAUUUCUUUCUUGCUUCCCAGUCUCAUUGUCAUGUUUUACUGUUAAGCCUACUUCAAGUUCACAAACAGCUUGUUACUAUAAAAUCCUUUUUUCUUUUUUAAAUAAUGAAGAUCUUUAAGUAUGAUUGUUUUAUACAAAUGAAUAAACAGUUUUUAUAGAUAAGUUAAAGUUCUUCAACUUGACUUGUGUGUCAUAAAUUCAUUAAAAAUACUUGUGUACAGCUGUAAAUCUUUCAAAGUGUUUUCUUGUAAAACAGGGAGAUGUUUUUUAAGUCUGUGAAUUGUGUAGGUUUACAAGAUGUAAAUGUUUACAGAAACUUUGGGUUUUUUAUUCUUCAACCAAUUGUGACUUACAGUGUGGACCAAAUCAUUACUGGAUUCAACUAUCUUGUAAGAUUAAAGGCAGUAUGUACCCAAGGAACAUUCAAAUCUUUACGUGCUAUUAAUUACUGGAUGUUGUCAAUGAAAUACAAGAAUUUUAUUCAUUUUGAUUACUUUUAUUAGUUAGCUGCCAUUGUAAAGUAUACAUAUAAAUGUAACAGUUACCAGUAAAUUAUUACUUUAUGAGUAUUGACUACUGUAACUAACAUGAAAAAUUGUAAAGACUUUUUUUUUUACUUUUGAACAGUAUUUGUUAAUUUACAUUUUGCCAUAUUCUUAUCUGCUUUUGUCAUUUUGUUACUGAAAAAUCUCGGUUAUUGUAACAGUUGUGUGUUUUACAAGCACACAUUUCUUAAACUAAUGUUUGAAUCUAAACGUUUACGUGGAUAUGUUUGUACCCCCUAAAGUUUCUUUUAUCAUAUAUACGAAUAUAUUUUGAUCAUAGUAGUAUUGAUACAAAUAUUAUGAAUAUCAGUGGUCUGUGUUUGUAAUAUGAUCUACUUCUCUUGUAAAACUAAUAAAAAAACCUAAAACUGAUCAUGUAAAAAUACGUUAAAUAAUUACUAUGGCUUGAAUGAGUGUAACUUAUCCACUGCUGGUAUGUGUGUGAAGGGUUUGCCGGUGUACUUAUACUUUGUAUCUGUAGUGAAAGUUUCUUGCAAGGUAAUUAAGGAAUGUACAGUCUGAACAGAAUAUGAAAGAACAGUUUGUAAUUGGAUAUCAAAUCAAUAUUAAAUAAACGCAGAACAGUUUUAACACAUUA